AUGGAUGUCCUCGAACUCCACGUCUGGGGCGCUGCAUUUGGCCUCCCCUCCAUCGACGCCGAGUGUUUGGCCGCCAUCGCGUACCUGCACACAGCCCUCCCAAGUUCCCAAUGGCGUCUGGUCCCGAGCAAUGACCCUGCCGCCGACUCAUCAAACCGCCUACCGGCCCUCAAGGCCAACGGCGUCUGGGUAACGGGCUAUGCCUCCAUCGCGGCCCACCUCGCCUCCCUCGCGCCGCACUCCCCCUCCUGGGACUUGGACCUGGACUCGCGCCUCACCCCGUCCCAGCGCGCAGACGCCCUCGCCUACGGCGCCUACAUCGAGUCCACCCUUGCGCCGUUGCUCGACGCCGCCUUGUACGGCACCCAUGAGAACUGGACUGCUGUCACCCGCCCCGCCCUGAGCCACCUUCUCGGGUUUCCCCUGAGCUGGACCGUCCCCGUCAUGAUCCGGAACCAGGCCACGGCGCGGUGCGCCCACCUCGGGCUCGACUCCCUCGGCGCCGAGGAGGAGGACGACGACGACGGCGUGCCCAAGAGCAGUGCGCUGGACCGCGCCAUGAAGCACCUGCCCGUCUCCAACAGGAAGACCGUACUGGAGGAGAUGAAGGCCGGCACGGCGCGAGGGAUCAGGCUACAUGCCAUCACCGUCGACGCCCUCUCGCCUCUAGAAGCGCUCCGCGCGCGGGGCGAAGAAUCGCCGGGCGAGAAGACGCGCUUCUUCGGCGGUGAGAUUCCGACCUCCCUCGACUGCCUCCUCGUCGGCUACCUCGCCCUCGUGCAGCAGGUCGACCUCCCCCAGUCCUGGCUACAGACGAUCCUCGCCAAGAAAUUCCCCCACCUCAGCGCCAUGGCCUCGGAUCUCCGCGACGAGUGCCUCACGAACCCGGGCAACGCUCUCCCCUGGACCACGGCGCCCUCGUCAUCGCUGCGCACCGCGGCGCGCUUCCUUGACAACGUCGUGCAGGCGACGCCCAACCUCGGCGAGGCGUAUCUCCACGAGUGGCGGCGGAGGGCGGAGACGAAGGCGCGGGGCGGCGGCGGCGGCUUCGCGGACCGGAGAACGCUUGCUCUGGCGAGCGGCGUCUUGGUCGCCGGCUCGGCGAUCGCGUAUGGGGUCUGGACGUACCGGAGUCUGCCGCCUUGGGGCUUGCGGACCCAGACGUGGACGGCGGAGAAGAAGGGCUUGGGUAGAUUCGGCGACCUGGGUGAGAUGCUCAACUUUUCGCUGGGACUUGCGGAUCCGGUGCCGCGGGCGAGUUCGGCUGCCGGAUGGGGUUCGGAACACAAGUAUGUCGAGUCCGAACUGGCCGUCGAUUGA